AUGACGAUAGAUAAAAUAUUAAAAAAUUUAGGUAACACUUUUCUUAAUCUCGACAGAGGAUUUGCAUUUGGACCUCAAGGAAAAUUAUUACGCCGUAGUUUGGAAGAUUUAUGGUUCCAAAGUAACAUUAUUAAACCAUUUUAUAAUGUUUUUCUAACGUCAACUGACAAAGUUUCUGAAACACUUGAAAAUCUUAAGACUCUUGGUAUUGAAGAAAAACCUUUGGGAAUUGCUAUUAUUGAGGAAUCAAAAAACUCAUGGAACACUGAAAUUCUAAAUGCUUACCCGAAGUUAAACUCACACAGAACUGGUAAAGUUACAAUAAUUACAAAUGCAAAUGAAGGUAAGGAGUUGUACCACAAAACACAGCGCGAACGUAAAAUAUGGUGGAGAAAAUUAUCUCGAGAACCAUCAAGAUUUAAAUUCACAGACUCUAAAAAAAUAAGUAAAAAUAAAAAUACCACUGAAAUAACUGUUAAUUUUGAAUUUGGAUCUAUUGUCAUUGAAACAAUAACACAUCAACAAGACAUUAAAAAGUUAAAUAAUCAGAUUGAACUGAACUCAAACGUCCAUAUAAUUGAGCACAAAACUUCGCUAGACUGGGGUUCCUUUGCGCUGCUCUGUGAUGCAUAUGAUCCAGAGUCACCAGAAAAACCUAGUCAAUUAAAACUUAAUCCUAAAUUGUCUCCUUACAAAGUUGGUUUUCAUUUACCAUUCACAUGCGAGGAGUCAUCAGAUAUGUCUGAAAAGAAAAGACGAUUUAUGUUGUAUUUAAAUAAUUUGUUGAGAUCAAAAGGUAUUGAAACAAUAUUUACAACAAGUUUAAAGGGAAUUAAAAGUUUUCAAGUCCCUUUAAUAAUCACUGUUAAUGAUACAAGUCUUCAAAAUGGUAUCAUUCAAGUAUGGAACCAAUUAACGACGUUAGCUGAAUCAGUUCACAUUACAGAGUUACCUAAAUAUAUUCUAUCACGUUGUAAUUAGUUUAUAAUAAACAUUUAAAGUUUAAUUUUUUUAGAA